AUGGAGGCUCUAUCUGCAGAGCUUGACAAGCUCCGUUUAGGCUGCAGUACUGGUGACGACGGCACUGGCUGGAUAGACACUGUUGCUGGCGAACAGCAACCACCUUGGCGUUCACGAAAAACUAAAGAAAACAUCAAAAAGGAGCUGGAAACAGAGUUUUUGACACCGUCACGUUCGUUUAAUUCGGAGUGGUUGAAUCAAUUACAGCAGCGGUGGGAUGCGCCAACCAACUAUCGCGGCCUUUUCCAGAUCGCCCCAACCCAAACUCGCACAAUCAUCCGCUUCACCCGCGAAGGACUCGAAGGCCGCGUCACGGGGUAUAAAGAGGUCACCGUGCCAGCAAAUUCUGCGACAGCUAAGAAUUCGACAUCCCUCCUCAGAAAGCCUGCCAACAGAGCCGAGUUUGUUCGUGGCGCGGCUGGCUUCUUCCCCUUCGCUCCCGGUGGACUUGAUGGCGUAGAAGCAAUCGCAGCCAUCGAGGAUGAAGCAAUCCUGCAACAGGAGAAUAGAAAUACACGAAGGUCUGGAGGUCUUGAUCGAGUUAUCAACUUCAGUGCCGAGGGCGGUCUGCUCGAAAUACCCCCUGGCUUUACACGAGGGCUAGACUUUGAUAAAAAGCCUGAAACAGAUGCCAAGACAGCAAAGGAAGUCGAAGAUACUUUGGGAGAAGCGUCAGCGCCUGCCAAAGAUGUUGACACUGACGAGGAAGACGAGGCAGAUGGAGUCGAAAUUCUCAGGGAAGAUGGUCAAAACUCUGGAGAAGAGGAAAUUGAUGCUCUUCUCCCGGUCGAAUUCCCUGCUCUGGCCCCUCACGGUCCACUUGCAUUGGGUGCUGGAAGGAAAGGAGGUCGGGAGUGGGCCCAUAUGGUUGACAUCGACCGAGAGAUCACAAACUUCCGCGAUCUAGUCCCGGAGAUGGCGCGAGAGUAUCCCUUCGAACUUGACACUUUCCAAAAAGAAGCUGUCUAUCACCUUGAGCACGGUGAUUCUGUCUUUGUUGCUGCCCAUACAUCUGCUGGCAAGACAGUCGUUGCAGAGUACGCCAUCGCCCUAGCCAUAAAACACAUGACCAAGGCCAUAUACACAUCGCCCAUCAAAGCUUUGAGUAAUCAAAAGUUUCGGGACUUUCGUCUCACUUUUGAUGACGUGGGUAUUCUCACUGGAGACGUGCAGAUUCGACCAGAAGCCAGUUGUCUCAUCAUGACUACGGAGAUUCUGCGGAGUAUGUUGUACCGUGGGGCAGAUCUAAUCAGAGAUGUCGAGUUCGUCAUUUUCGAUGAAGUUCAUUACGUCAAUGAUGCUGAAAGAGGUGUUGUAUGGGAGGAGGUCAUUAUCAUGCUUCCAGAGCAUGUUACACUCAUUCUACUUUCAGCUACCGUUCCCAAUACGUAUGAGUUCGCCUCGUGGGUAGGUCGGACGAAAAAGAAGGAUAUUUACGUUAUCUCCACGCCUAAACGACCCAUUCCUCUGGAGCAUUACCUCUGGGCCGGCAAGGGAAUGCACAAGAUCGUUACAGCGGACAAGAAAUUCAUCGACCAGGGCUGGAAGGACGCCAAUGACGUCCUGUCCGGUAAAGACAAGGUCAAGGCACCGCCAGCCGCCAAAGACGCUCCGACUGGAAGAGGUGGCGGCGGCGGUCGUGGAGGCCAGAACAGUCGAGGAAGAGGCCAAGCAAACGGAGGACGAGGCGGCGCGCCUAGAGGUGGAGGUCCACCAGCCAGUAGAGGACGAGGAAACAUUGCGAGAACUGGGCGAGGAGGCGGACGUACGACGGCUGCACAAGACCGAAAUAUCUGGGUGCAUCUCAUACAGCACCUCCGGAGCAAAGAACUUCUUCCAGCCUGCAUAUUUGUGUUCUCAAAGAAGCGUUGUGAAGAGAAUGCCGACGCGCUUUCGAACAUUGACUAUUGCACAGCUGCAGAGAAGAGUGCGAUCCAUAUGACGAUUGAAAAGUCUCUAGCAAGGCUGAGUCAGGAAGACCGACUUCUUCCUCAGAUCAAGAAAUUGAGGGAGCUUCUCAGUCGAGGUAUCGCUGUUCAUCAUGGUGGUAUGCUACCCAUCGUCAAGGAGGUCGUCGAGAUUCUCUUUGCAAAGACGUUGGUAAAGGUUCUGUUUGCUACAGAAACAUUUGCUAUGGGACUCAAUCUUCCGACUAGGACCGUUGUCUUCUCUGGUUUCCGCAAGCAUGAUGGACGAGAAUUUCGUGAUUUGCUUCCUGGAGAAUACACACAAAUGGCUGGUCGCGCUGGACGAAGAGGUCUGGAUACAGUCGGUACAGUGAUCGUCUGUGCACCAGGAGCCGACGAAGCACCGCCAGCUGCCAGACUCAGACAAAUGAUGUUGGGCGAGCCAACCAAAUUGAGAUCCCAAUUCCGACUCACGUACAACAUGAUGUUGAAUCUUCUACGCGUCGAAGCCCUAAAGAUUGAGGAGAUGAUAAAGCGCAGCUUCAGCGAGCACGCUACUCAAACACUGCUGCCGGAGCAGGAGAAGAAGGUCAAACUUUCUGAGGCGGAUCUAGAGAAAGUCAAGCGCGAGCCAUGCGAAAUCUGUGAUAUUGACAUUGAGGCAUGCCAUCAGGCAUGCAUAAACUAUCAACGCUUGACCAAUGAGAUGCACUUGAGUCUCCUCAACAAUCCAGUGGGAAGGCGAGUAAUUGGAAGGAACAGGCUGAUUGUCUACAAGAAGGACGGUGUGCGGACAGUGGGUAUGCUUGUUCAAGACAGUAUCACCAAAGGCAACGAAGCUCUAGUCAAGGUCUUGGAGAUCGCCCAACCCCAAGAUCGUAAAGCCGACGACCUUCUGCCAUAUCUGGGCUUGUUCGUACAGCUCUUCAGAAAGCUGCCAACAAACCCGAAGGACUUGCUGCUCAAGACCUCGUUCGUACCUCUUAGCGACAUUGAAUGUUUGACCAAGACUAUCAUCGAUAUCCCAGAGUCCGUGCAGAGUCUUAACAAGCGCAAAGACCUUCUGAAGUUGGCAGAGGACCAAUUUUUGCCAUUGUGUAAUUCGUGGAACUACUCCGAUUGGGACGAGUACGAUUACAGUCGUAUCAAGAGCCUUAAGUUCCGUGAAUUGGCAGAUGCUCGUAAGGCAGAAGGAGAGAAAGCGGUCGACAAGAAAUGCUUCCAAUGCCCGAACUUCUUGAAACACCUUGCCAUGGAACAUGAUCAAUGGGUUAUCAAAGACAAUAUUGUCCAACUCCGACAGCUCAUGUCGGACCAGAAUCUCCAGCUAUUACCUGAUUACGAGCAGCGAAUUCAUGUACUCCAGGACCUCGGCUUCAUUGACGAGGGUUCAAGAGUAGAACUCAAGGGCAAGGUGGCCUGCGAAAUCCAUUCCGCUGACGAACUUGUUCUCACAGAAUUAGUAUUGGAGAACGUUCUUGCUGAAUACGAGCCAGAAGAGAUUGUGGCACUCCUCUCCGCAUUUGUCUUUCAAGAGAAGACCGACGCUGAGCCUACGUUCACCGCAAGUCUUGAACGUGGCAUCGCCAAGAUCGUAGAGAUAUCAGAAAAAGUCAACAAGAUUCAAACCUUACACCAGGUAAUCCUAUCUGCCGACGACUCAAACGACUUUGUGAGCAAGCCUCGCUUCGGCAUGGUCGAGGUAGUGUACGAGUGGGCCCGCGGAAUGUCAUUCAACCGCAUCACAGAUCUGACCGACGUAAUGGAGGGCACUAUCGUCCGCGUCAUCACUAGACUGGACGAGACGUGUCGCGAAGUCAAGAAUGCAGCCAGGAUCAUUGGCGACCCGACGCUGUUCCAGAAGAUGGGGACUUGCCAGGAACUGAUUAAACGGGACAUCUGUAACUGCGCGAGCUUGUACUUGUAA